GAAAAAUCUCCAUCAUCAAAACUCUUCAUAAGACGGAAAAGGAAAUAAAGCAUAUUAUGAACCAAGAUUAGAAUUAAGCAGCAAGACGAAAGAAUGGCAGCCGAUCAGAAAAUGGAGGUAGAUGGCACCACAGCAGUAAACCAUGAAGGAAUUAAACAGUACUAUGUCAGUAAAAUAGAGGAACUGCAGCUUAUUGUCACUGACAAGACACAGAACUUAAGACGUUUAGAAGCUCAAAGGAAUGAACUAAAUGCCAAGGUGAGGAUGUUAAGAGAAGAACUUCAGCUCCUACAAGAACAAGGCUCUUAUGUGGGGGAGGUUGUCAAACCCAUGGACAAAAAGAAAGUGCUAGUCAAGGUACAUCCAGAAGGGAAAUUUGUGGUGGACGUAGACAAAAAUAUAGACAUAAACGAUGUGACUCCAAAUUGCCGAGUAGCUCUUAGGAAUGACAGUUACACACUACACAAAAUUCUGCCAAACAAGGUGGACCCUCUAGUGAGUUUGAUGAUGGUAGAAAAGGUUCCUGAUUCCACGUACGAAAUGGUGGGAGGUCUGGACAAGCAGAUCAAAGAAAUAAAGGAAGUGAUAGAACUGCCAGUAAAACACCCCGAGUUAUUUGAAGCUCUGGGCAUUGCCCAGCCUAAGGGUGUAUUGCUUUAUGGCCCCCCUGGUACAGGGAAGACACUGUUAGCCAGAGCUGUAGCUCACCACACAGAGUGUACGUUUAUCCGAGUCUCCGGAUCCGAGCUGGUCCAGAAAUUCAUCGGUGAGGGAUCUAGGAUGGUGCGCGAACUCUUCGUCAUGGCAAGGGAGCAUGCACCUUCUAUUAUUUUCAUGGAUGAAAUUGAUUCUAUAGGAUCUUCAAGAUUAGAAGGAGGCUCAGGAGGUGACUCUGAAGUGCAAAGAACAAUGUUAGAAUUGUUGAACCAGUUGGAUGGAUUUGAGCCAAAACAAAACAUAAAGGUGAUUAUGGCAACAAACAGAAUUGAUAUCCUUGACUCAGCCUUACUACGACCAGGCAGAAUAGACAGAAAAAUUGAGUUCCCUCCUCCAAAUGAAGAGGCAAGGUUAGACAUCCUGAAAAUUCACUCCCGUAAAAUGAAUCUGACUCGAGGAAUCAACCUAAGAAAAAUUGCUGAAAUGAUGCCAGGGGCUUCAGGUGCAGAGGUCAAGGGAGUUUGCACAGAAGCUGGAAUGUAUGCCUUAAGAGAGAGACGAGUUCACGUCACACAGGAGGACUUCGAGUUGGCCGUUGCUAAGGUGAUGCAGAAGGAUUCCGAGAAGAAUAUGUCAAUCAAGAAGCAAUGGAAGUAGAUCUCCAGUCGUUAAGCAGUGUGUACUGCACAGCACAUGUGAGCCAUUUCUAUCUCAAAGACAGUGUUGUUCUCCAUUUCAGCCAUUUCAACAUAUGUAUCGGUAUUUGUCAGGAAAUAUUAUUAAAUUCUUUACACAACUGA